AUGAGGGCUUCCAUUUGGCCAGUCGCAAACUGUCAGAGCGCUGGUGUGUCUGGUGCUGAUGGACUGGAACUAGUGUCAGUGAUGGAGGGAGAUUCAAUCACUCUAAAUCCUGGUGUUGCUGACAUACAGAAAAAUAAGUUGCUGUAUACGUUUGGAGCAGGAAGCACUCUCAUAGCUCUCAGAGAUGGGAAUCACAGCUCAGUAAAUUAUGAUGUCUCUAAUGAGAUAUUCAAAGGCAGAUUACAUCUAGAUCAGACUGGAGCUCUGACCAUCAGUGACAGCAAAACCACAGACUCUGGACUUUAUGGACUGAAUAUCAUAGGAGGACAAGUAGGCCAAGUCAAAAAAUUCAGUGUUAUCAUCUAUUCUCGUCUACCUGCUCCUGUCAUUAUCAGAACUUGCCCACAAAAUUCAUCUUCAUCACUUUCUGAACAUUUAGAAGUGUCCAGGUGUGAGCUGCUGUGUUCAGUGUUGAAUGUGAGUGCUGGGAGUCUCUCCUGGUACAAAGGAAACAGUUUAUUGUCCAACAUCAGUGUGUCUAAUCUCAGCAUCAGUCUCUCUCUACCUCUGGAGAUUGACUAUCUGAAUGAUUCCUACAGCUGCAUGAUUGGUAAUUCGUUCACCAACAGAACUGAACAUUUCAACUUUGACCUCUGCCGUCCAUGUUCAGAAUUGAAACCAUUUUACAUGCAGCUGAUCUGUGUUCCGGCUGGACUUCUGUUUAUCAUAGCUACAAUUUGGAUGAUUUGCAUCUACAAGAAACGCAAAAAAAACAAUCAAGAAGGCAAGUCUGCCAAAUAUUGGUGUCAAUAA